AAUCACAAUGAAGCAUUUUCUGGCUGUGCUCGUGUCUUUAAGUGUUGCCACCGUUCAGGCUGGUAAGUGGAUUACCACCACCACGCCCGAAUCAAAUCCUGACGACAAGGAACCCGUCGACAUCAUAACCAAUGGGUAUACGGCAGCCGAUCAUGAGGCACCCUACAUAGUCUUCUUGUUUCUACAUGACGAGGGCAAGAACGUUGGAGCCGCGUGCGGUGGUGUCAUAAUUCACUCGAAUUGGAUCCUAACGGCGGCACACUGUGUAGGUGCCGAUUGGGUGGAUAUUCAUUAUGGUAGCAACUCGAAGUGGGGUGGAUACGUGCACAAGGUGGCCAAGAGUAAUGUCUACAAACGUGAUAAAUACGAUAUUGCUCUCGUUCGGACUCCUUCUAAUGCUUUCAAUGCAAGGGUCAACAAGGUGGCCCUGCCCAAGAGAGAAACCUACGCUAAUCAAUGGACCAAGGCCUGCGGAUGGGGACGAUUGGCAGAUGGCAAGUCGAGCAAUGUAUUGCAAUGUGUUAAGUUGCAAACUCUCAGCACCAAAGAGUGCAAGAGUGUCUACCCAUUUGUCUUAGAUGAUACCAUUUGCGUGAAUACGGCGGGAGGCAAAUCUGUGUGCAAUGGCGAUUCUGGUGGCCCAUUGGUCACACUCAACAACCCUGUAUUGGUUGGCAUUGCCUCGUGGGUCGAUGCACGCGGCUGUACGAAAGGCAGUCCAGCUGCUUUUGCCCGUGUCAGCUUCCACUUGGACUGGAUACGUCAAAUAAGUGGAAUAAGUGCUUAAAUUUCUCCCCAAUAAACAGAAAUGCAAUUUUAAA